AUGACCAUGCUGCCUGCAAUUCAAGUGUGGUUUGGAGAAGACCUGCCUCUAAGUCCACGGAGUCCUCUGACCCCCAGACAUGGGCCAGGUUUGGCUGAUGUUUGUCAGUAUGAUGAGUGGAUAGCUGUGAGGCAUGAGGCCACCCUGUUGCCCAUGCAAGAAGACCUGUCAAUCUGGUUAAAUGGUUUAUUAGGUAUUGAAGUUAAGGCCGAAAGGCUAUUGGAAGAACUUGAUAAUGGAGUGCUAUUAUGCCAACUGAUUGAUGUUCUUCAAAACAUGGUGAAAACAUGCAACUCUGAAGAACCUGUGAAUUUUCCAAUGAGAAAAGUGCCUUGUAAGAAAGAUGCUGCAUCUGGUUCAUUCUUUGCUAGAGACAAUACUGCGAACUUCCUUCACUGGUGCAGGCACAUUGGGGUUGAUGAGACUUACCUCUUUGAAUCUGAAGGUUUAGUUUUGCACAAAGAUCCAAGACAGGUGUAUCUUUGUCUUCUUGAAAUUGGUCGAAUUGUCUCAAGAUAUGGGGUUGAGCCACCAGUAUUAGUAAAACUUGAGAAAGAAAUUGAACUAGAAGAGACUUUACUUAAUACUUCGGGGCCUGAAGAUUCCGUCAGCAUUCCAAAAUCGUGUUGUCAGCAUGAAGAGCUGCACGAAGCUGUUAAACACAUUGCUGAAGACCCUCCUUGUAGUUGUUCUCAUCGGUUUUCUAUUGAGUACUUAUCUGAAGGACGAUAUCGACUAGGAGAUAAAAUACUUUUUAUAAGAAUGCUUCAUGGAAAACAUGUCAUGGUCCGUGUUGGUGGAGGCUGGGAUACUCUUCAAGGAUUUUUGCUUAAAUAUGACCCCUGUCGAAUAUUACAGUUUGCUACGCUAGAACAGAAAAUUCUAGCAUUUCAAAAAGGAGUUUCCAAUGAAAGUGUGCCUGAUUUGCCCGCCAGAACACCUCAGCCUCCUGAAAUGAAUCCUUUGUCAGCAGUUAGCAUGUUUCAGAAACAAAACUCAAAACCUGGCACACCGGUUGGUAUUCCAAGGGGCAAAGAGAAGCAGGUACAUCUGCCAGCUGCAUUGCCGUCAGCGUCUUCCCUGAAAGGAGGGAAUCUGGCCCCAGGGUCAGUCCGUUCUAAAUUGGCAAAUUCUCCAGCAGCAUCUUCUCAUCUCAAACUCGCGUCUUCAAAGGGCAUAACAAAGAAACCACAGGCUCCUUCUAACAAUGCGUCAUCUUCACAUGCUUCUUUAAAUCCAGUGGGUAAAAGCACUUUUUCACCAGCUUUAUCAAGAGCAGCACCUUGUGUAUCUGAGUCGUUGAGAAAAUGUAUCUCAUCACCCAGUACUCCUAAGACCAAGCGUGUUCCGGCCCAGAAGUCAAGAGAUGUGCCUGAGUCUACACUUCUGCCAAAUAAGUGUUCUGGAAAAACUGAACCAAAGCAUUUGAAACACAAUCAUGUACCUUCCAGGGAUCACGUGGUCUCUCCCUCAGCUGCGCAUUUAAAUUCAUCAUCAAAGUGUCCAAAGCCACCUAAGGCACAUCUGCAUGUGAGGCCUAACCCUUCUUCCUUCCAGUCCCCUGCAAAAGUGACAACAACCAGUUCCAAAACUGUCAUCAAGAGUCUGGAAACACGGGCUCAGCCCCAUGGUAGAGCUCCACAAGCCCAGAAACCUAAGUCGGCCCUGAAUUUAAACCAGCCACUUUCUGUAUCCUCAGUUGCCCCUGUAAAAGCUGCACAGAAAUUGAAAGAUAAGAAUAUGGUUUCAGUUGCCAAAAAGCAGCCUCAGAAUAAAAGCACAUCCCAGAAGACAGGAACCAGCUCCUCCAGGUCCCCGGGCCGUACCCCACUGUCCAUCAUGAGUCUUCCCCAGUCUUCUGCCAAAACACAACCUGAACCAAAGUCAGUACAGACUGCCACCAAGAGCCAGUGCUCAGCUACUGGGCCUCCCAAAAGUGGCAAAGCCCCAGCUUCAACCAGGAAACCACCCUCAUCUGGCAAGGAGACGGUUAGUGCAGAUAAAAAACCUUCUGCUAAAAAGAAGGAAGACGAUGACCAUUAUUUCGUUAUGACGGGAAGUAAGAAACCUAGAAAAUAA